AUGCGGAGGGGGAGACCCCGCGUUUCAUUCGCACCUCCUCGCUCCGAGCAGACCAUCCCCAGUGACUCUGAGUCGGAGCUGUCCGAUCUUGAGGCGCCAGAACAAGAAAACACCACCCCGACCGGCACCGGCUGGACUUACGGUGAUGUGGCCAAGGUUGCGAUCCCUGCCGCCGCCCUUGCCUACGGCGCCUGGAGAGUGUACGACAACCCAUCGUGCAUCACUGAUCUCAAAGACAACGUCACGGUACUCAAAGACAACGUCCUCAACCACUCUGCUGUCGGCGGCAUGUCCAGCGCUGUGAAUCAGACCUACACAGGUGUCUCGUCGUACGCCGCAGGAGCCCGCGAUUGGGCGACUUGCGCUGCCGGGUCCACUGCAGGUGGGAUCGCAUCGACGGCAGGGAGUCUUUGGGACAACAUGGGGACUGCGAAGGACGCGGGGUGGUCAGCACUGUACUCUGCGGGGGCUAAGGGCGCGUCAAUGUGGUCGGGUUUCGGGGGUAACGCGAGCAGCGUGGCGACCGGGGUGAUGGGCAAGAUGAGCGGAUGGACGGGCGCAGCGGCCAAUUCGACCUAUGCAGAGACCGCGCAGCUGGGUGCGUCGAGCUUCGCCACGGCCGCCGGGAGCACCCUGGGAGGUAUGGGCAGCUAUAUCGCCAGUACCGCAGGGAACUUCCGAGAUCAUCUCGACCAUCAUCCUUUCGAGAGGGAACUUACCAAGCUCGCUGUCGUGCAUGGGGGAACGGGUGUGGCGCAGUCCCUAUAUAAUCGCCUUCUCGGAAGGUCUACUGGGGCCAAGGCGGCCACGGGGACCACGGCGGGGACGCGAAAGCACAAAGGACGACCAAGCGAGGAGGACGAUCCAGACCAUUGGGACAUAGCAUACGCCAACCCACUUGGUAAAAGUGCUGGCCACCCCGUCAGAUAG